AUGUUCAACUUGAUGGGAGGUGGGCUGUUGUGUGCAGCCUCUGGCCUGGUCCUCCUCAUCGUUGCCACGGCGACAGACUUCUGGAUGCAGUACCGCUACUCAGGCAACCUCAGCAACCAAGGCCUCUGGCGGUUCUGUGUGGGGAACAAGUGCCACCCCCACACCAUCACACUCGCAUUCUGGGAUGCCACCAGAGCCUUCAUGCUCCUCUCCAUCCUCUCCUCCUUCGCCGGGAUCAUAUUGGGGCUGACCAGCUACUCCAGUAGUGCCCGAUCCACACGCACUCGCUCUGCAGGAAUCACGCUCUUGAUCGCAGGACUCUUUGCUUUGCUGGGUAUCUCGGUGUAUACGGGAGUGACAGUGAGUUUCUACGGAAAGCGUUACGCCGAAUGGAGGUUCUCCUGGUCCUACAUUCUGGGAUGGAUCGCUGUCAUCCUCACCAUCUCGGCAGGUGUGUUCCACAUUUGCGCUGUCCCCAGGAACUCAUCCUCAGACGGCCCUGACGUGGCAAGUGGUUGA